CAUCGCUUUGACAUCGUUUUGACACCGCUUGGAGUCACCAACGUCCGUGUUCCGCAUAACAACGACAGAAUUUGCGGUUACACCUCCGUUGAGGUCAUGAGAGAUGAGUUGUCGUUGUCCAGAGCUCCGCGUCUCUGCUGAAUGUCUCUCUUUUUUUCCUUCCGCCCGCGUGAUUCCUUUAGCACCGACAUGUCCAACCACAUCGUCGCUAAUACGGCGUCAAACCGCGAAGUUACAUGCCCAAUUCGUGUCAGCGCCAGAACCACAGCCACGUUUUCCAUCCCACAGAGCCAAAGUCAACACGACACAGGCCAGACGGGGGUCAUCUGGGACUAGGAAGCUCCCGGAGCGCCACGCGACAGUGUCACCACUGCCCGUGCGGCUGGAACGCAAGGAUUGCUGGGCAGAGCUGGUCGGCAAAGAAGUGAAGAGAAGAGAAGAAUGAAUGCGCCUUUGCCAUGGUAAAUGGCGCACUGAGAGAGCCUGCCGCAAGGAAGCCAGCCUACAAAGGCUGAGCCUCUAGACAGCUAUGUUAGCCGCUGACGCUUGCAUUUAUGAGGCUUGCUCAGCCCUCUCCUUGCCAGCAAAUCGAACAUGGUUUGCUCGCAAGCGCUCACCAACACUCGCAAUAGUGCAACAGCAACGAAUAAAUC